AAAUCCUUGGGUGUGCGAUAUCGUUUUGUGGCACGGACGUGAAAAUAUCACGGAGCGGGCAUCAAACGGUGCUUCAAGGCUGACCUGGUAUAGGUACUUAUUGUAUCAAGUCUCGUUAACGGGAGAUGUUCAUUCACUCGCGCUCACGGAUGACAAGUGCGGUUCGUGGAACACGAGGCGGUCGUAUUGACCCGUGUCACGGAGCGACAGAGCGGAGGUGUCGGUGAGAGAUCGGUGCGUUUCUUUCUACGAUCGUAAAAUGUGCAUAAAUCUGUGUAAUUGUCGCGUAAUGAAAACUCGAACUGUCGUGCAUCGACACGUGUGAUAAAUAUGGCAGCGCUCGUUCGUCUUAAACGUGGGAGCGUCCAGUUGAGACAUGCGGCGCUUGAAAUGAAAGCGGCUGUACGAGCGCGACACAUCGUUGCUGCGCUUGUUGCAGUUGGAUUUGCACUUUGUGGCGCGGUGGAGGUGAGCUCCUCGGUUGCAUUACUUGCCAAUCAAAAAGAUAAUCAUGCCAUCAUUGACACAUCGUGGCAUUGUGAAAUGCUGGUCAACAUCAGUAGUCGUAAUCGCACCGAAGACUUUGAAGUUAUAUUAAUGGAGUUACCACCCGAAGAACGUGCAGAAUCUAUAAUGAGAGAAGCGUUUUUGUGGGGACAAGUGGCAGGUCCGAUUUUAGGAGGAUGUUUAGUAUGGGGAAGAUCAGGUCCAUCUAUGGUGUUCUCACGUGCUGUUCUUAGUGCUUGCUUGGCAUCUUUAUUGGUGCCAGCUGCAUGGAGAGGCCCGUCUCAUGUAGCGCUUCGUUUGUUUCAGGGAUUAUGUACAGGUGCAACUAUGCCUGCUGCUCACAUGCUCGCUAUGACUUGGUUUAAGAGCACUCAUAGAAGUUGGUACUUCAGUUGUUACGCUGCUGUCAGUGUUGGAUACUGUCUCACAGGAUGGAUAGGAACAGCCGUCGUCCGAAGUUUUGGACGAGAUUCGCUUUGUUAUGGUCUCGUUUGCAUUGCAUUAUGUUGGUACUUCUCUUUUGGUCGAUUCGUCAAAGACACACCAAAGUCCUACCAGCACGACACAAAUGCAGCUGUGAUUCCAUGGGGGAAAUUAUUGCGAUCCGUUCCUGUUUGGGCAUCCGCAGUGGCAACGAUGGGAAAUCAAUGGGGCGAUGCAACUCUCGCUCUUGGUAUGACGAAAUAUCUGAAGCUCAUUUAUGGAUUCUCAACGGCCAAUGAUUCUGUCCUGACGACGUUACCUCACAUCGGACAUUUCAUGGCUGCUUUAACAUGUGGUCUUCUCGUGGAUCACGUUCGUGAAUCGAAAAUAGUUUCUACGACCACGGCAAGAAAAUUGGUCGUUUAUACUGCUCAUUUUAUACCAGCUGCCCUACUUUUCGUCGCUGGUUACGCUGGUUGCCAGGCAUUAGGGGCAGCCUGGUUAGGGAUAGCCGCCCUUCUCGUAUCUGGCACCGCGCCAGCAGGAGCUUUGGCGGCCAUAGCUGACCUAGCUCCUGUAGAAUCUCCAGCCUGUGCAGCGGCUGCGUGUGCAUUGUGCUCGACUUUAGGCGCGGCAGGUCUAUUGGCCGCUAAUUACUUUGUCACUCAAGCUCUUCAUGGCUCUAUAGCCGGCUCGUGGCGACUGGUGUUCGGUGUCGCCUCCGUCGUUCUGUUAACGACUGCCGCGGUUUUCUUGGCGCUUGGAAAAGGCACGCCGCAACCGUGGAUACCUUCCGUGGCACGGCCACGGAGUCACGAUGCAAUUUACGAGCAAGACGCGUUGGAGCUCGAUUACGAGGACGUGGCCGUGCAAACGGAACCUUUCAAUCCUUAUCCGCUCGAGGAGGACGCCGAAAGCGCGAGAAACGUGCCUCGUUCCGCCUCGGUCCACUCGGAAGUUUCGCAGGCGUCCACCUAGAUUCACGGUCAUACGUGAGAAUUUCGAUAUUCAGUUCAGUAUUUUUUUUUCUUUUUUGUAUCUAAGGAUUAUAUUUCAUAUUUCGUUAAUAUUUGUACAAAAUAUCGAGGAGUUAUUUUAAAGUUUUAAGCGAUUGCGGAUGUUUAUGCAAAUUGUUUAAGUUUAAUUAUACGUGUACGUUGCACAUUCCUUUCACGUCUAUUGUUUCACUUUUUUGUGGUUGGAGUCAAACGGUUGUGUGACGCUAGUCAUAUAUUCAGAAGCGAAACCGAUCUACUUUAUCGAAAAAUUUUUCCCAAUUUUAGGCGCUUAAGUUUUAAGAAAUUGGACGAUUUUAUCUUUCUUAAAUAUUCUCAAGAUAUUCGAAUAUUAAAGCAAUGGAUUGAAAUAAAUUAGAAAUUUGAUCGAUUUCGCGUUAUUACCUUAUUAAUUAUUCACUUUUAUGUUAGAGCGCGAUAAAUACGCUUGCGUAAAGCGUCAAAAGUAAAGUAAGUUGUAUAGAAUAUAGCUCUCUCUUCUG